AUGCCACCACCCAAGAGACUUUGGUGUGAAGUUAUGUUCAGGAGGACCAAAGUUAUUGUCCCUCGAAAUGGGGCUGGACUGGGCGGGGCGGGGGCGGCGAGCGACCUCCGGGAAAACGAAACUGUGCAUAAAGCUAGGCGAGUUGGAGGGAAAGUGAAAGUAGUAGGUGCCGGCCACGGAUCAGGCAGAGAAGCGGUUCUUUGGUGGUACCUCCGAAUUCAGCAGUGCAUUGGGUCAAGGAAAACCGUCACCCUGGGGCGCCGGAAGAAGAAGGGCAUUAAAUGCCCAAAAUGCAGCAAAUCUCAAAAUGCGUCUCACAAGUUUUGCUUUGAUUGUGGAGAAAGAUUAGCUCCUUCUGACAACACACAAAGCGCAGAGAACAAAGAUGCAAGAACAGUGGAGGAGAUUGAAACAGGGAGAGAACUGAAGGAUGAAAGCAUCCGCUCUUGUAAACCUGAUGGUGAUGAGCAUCCACCCACUGAAUUGAUGCCAAAUGAUCUGAAAGAUUUUCUGCCAGAAAGUACUGGGAAUGAGGAUUGGAUUUUGCCAAAGAAAAAAAGGAAGAAGAAUACGAAAGCUUCAAUCUCUGAGCUUCUGGGUGACUUAAGUUCAGUGCCAACCACUCUUGAUCAUUCUCUGAAUGCUGAAACAGCAGCUAAAAACAACCAAGCAGGACAAAAUCAAGCUGAACUGGCCAAAUCAGAAAGGGGGUCCACUGAAGAUGGUGGGCAUCAGAAUAAAAGCUACACCUUUACCAGAGAUCUCCAAACAAAACAGAGUUGUAAGACAAAAACUGAAAAAAGAAUCAAACAACAGGAAAAGGAUUCUGGCACAAAGAAAAUAAAGCAGGAAGAAAAAGCAACUGAAAAGGGGAAUAUCUGUGAGAAAGCAGCAACCCCAGUUAAAGGAACUGAGGAGAAGAGGGAAGCUGGUGCAUCAAAUCACAAAAAGCAACAAAAAGCAACUGAAAAGGGGAAUACCUGUGAGAAAGCAGCAACUCCAAUAAAAGGAACUGAGGAGAAGGGGAAGCUAGUGCAACAAACCGAGGAAAAAAAGCAACAAUUGGAUCAGAACAAUAAGAACCUACAGAAAAACAGAAGCCAAAUGAACUUUGGAGAUUCUAUUACAGUAUACUUUCAUGCUAUAAUUGCCUAA